CCAGUAUCGCGCGGCGCGCCGCCUUGAACGCAUUCUUUGCGUGAAUGCUCCGUGCUUCGCGAGCCGAACGGCACCGCGCGUGUUACAGUGCCCUCCGACCGUUGACCGCUGACCCCUAGUGCAGUGUAGUGAGUGAUACUUGUGUUACUGAGUGAACGUUACACAGAUACGAAGCGUGUCCAGGGGUGGGUGUGCGCGGGGUAGGCGGGCUGCGGGGGGCAUGGGGCGCUCGCGGCGGCCGGGAUGGCGGUGAGCUGCCCAGAGGUGAUGUACGGAGCCUACUACCCCUAUCUGUACGGCCGCGGCGCCGCUAGAUCGUUCCACCACGCGCCGCACUUUCAGUACGAUCGGUUGAACGUACAAAGCGCGAGCAAUGCCGACUACAGCGCGGUGGGCGGCGCGGCGCUCAGCUCCGGCUCGGCGUCCUCCGGCGCGCAGUCGCCCAGCUCCCCGCCCCAUGCGCACGGGAUCCCGCAUCAUGCGCACGGUAUACCGCACCAUGCGCACGCGCACGCGCACACGCACGCGCCGCACCACUCGCCCAGGUUGCGCACUAAGGAGGAGGACCUGUCGGCGCAUGGACGCACCAGUGCUGACGGUGGCGGGUCGUCAGAGUCGGAAGGGGAGUGCGGCGCGGGCGGGCGGGCGCGCGCGCAGUACGUCAGCGCGAACUGCGUCGUGUUCACGCACUACUCGGGCGACGUGGCCGCCGUCGUGGACGAGCACUUCGCUAGGGCGCUGUCUAUUGACAAGCCUAAAGAGGCGGUCCCGAUGGCAUCCCGGAACCUGCCAGCAUCCUUCUUCAACGCGGCCGCGUCUGGACCCUCGUGUGCCGGACUCGACCUCUACGACUAUGACCCUUGGCAUCAGCAUUAUGCUGGGUACGGGCACGCGGCGCACCGGCACGCGGCGGAGUACCACGCGGCGGCGGCGCACCACAACAUGGCGGCGGCGGGCUACGGCGGGCUGCUGCUGGGCCGCGGCUCGCUGUCGCAGUACAAGCCGGUGGAGUGGGGCCACGCGCACCACGCGCAGCUCGACCCGGCCGCCUGCUCGCCCUACUCCUACCCGCCGCCAGGUCUUGAAGCACAAGUGCAGGACACAUCUAAAGACCUAUACUGGUUCUGAGCGCGUCCGACUGGUUGCGACUCGCUGCGACUGGCUGCGACUGGCUGCGACUGGCUGCGACUGGCUGCGACAGCAUGCGACUCGUUGCGGACGAAAACUCUAAGGCUGUAAAAAGACAUUAGUUUUAGGUCUAGUGAUUUAGGCGCUGAACUGUGCUCUCUCAUUUAGUUUUUUUUUUCCUUUUUUAUCAAUUUGUAAAAUUUAUAAAC